AGUCUGUAUCCUCCAGGGUUUGGCCUGCGGCAGCCCAUGACUCACUCGCCUGCCAAGGUUUGGCAAUAAGCUGAGAAACAAGCAAGACAGCAAAAUGCUUGUGGAAACAGCAAAACAAGAGACAAAUUAAUUAAUUGCUGGAAGAGCGAAAAAAUAAACCUCCGUGCACAAAGGGGCAUGGAGAGAAGUAGCGCGACAGAUACAACCUAUCCUUUAGCAAAAAUGGAAGCUAUCAAGAAAAAGAUGCAGAUGUUGAAGUUAGACAAGGAGAAUGCCAUUGACAGAGCAGAGCAAGCUGAAACAGAUAAGAAGGCAGCUGAGGACAAAUGCAAACAGGUAGAGGAUGAGCUGGUAGCUCUGCAGAAGAAGUUGAAAGGCACUGAAGACGAGCUGGAUAAGUACUCAGAGGCUCUCAAAGAUGCUCAGGAAAAACUAGAGCAGGCUGAGAAGAAGGCCACUGACGCUGAAGGUGAGGUGGCAGCUCUGAACAGACGUAUCCAGCUAGUGGAAGAGGAGUUGGAUCGUGCCCAGGAACGGCUGGCCACAGCCUUGCAGAAACUGGAGGAGGCUGAGAAAGCAGCGGAUGAGAGCGAGAGAGGAAUGAAGGUUAUCGAGAACAGAGCAAUGAAAGAUGAAGAGAAAAUGGAAAUUCAAGAAAUGCAACUGAAGGAGGCUAAGCAUAUUGCUGAAGAAGCUGACCGCAAAUAUGAAGAGGUCGCCCGUAAACUGGUUAUUUUGGAGGGUGAACUGGAAAGAGCCGAAGAGCGUGCAGAGGUGUCUGAAGUUAAAUGUAGCGACCUUGAAGAGGAGUUAAAGAAUGUCACUAACAACCUGAAGUCUUUGGAAGCUCAAUCUGAAAAGUACUCGGAAAAAGAAGAUAAAUACGAAGAAGAAAUCAAGAUACUCUCUGACAAGCUUAAAGAAGCUGAAACUCGUGCUGAAUUUGCAGAGAGAACAGUUGCCAAACUGGAAAAGUCCAUUGAUGACCUGGAAGACGAGCUGUACGCUCAGAAGCUGAAGUACAAAGCGAUCAGUGAGGAGCUUGACCAUGCCCUCAAUGACAUGACCUCUUUGUGAUCCGCGCCGGGGGCCAGGGCUGCUCUGACUCGCUGCAUUUCUUUACGCUUUUCUGGCCUGUAGCACCUCUCGCUCUGCGACUGCCACAAGCGAUCUUUCCACCUCCUCUGUACGAGCCGAGCUCAAUAAAAACAAGAUACCUCCACCUUCCAGCUUGGGUUUAUUUCCUUAUAAAUCACCUAAAAUACACUAGUAGUGACAUGAAAAUAGUCAGCUCCUCACGCUGGGGAGAGGUAGGUGCAGUCACAACAGGUGUCCCCAGCCGCCGGGGCGGGGCAAACGCCUGAAUUUUGGUGUUCCCAAGGCUGCGUGUGUCAGCAAAAAGCUGAGAGGGCGCUGGGUGCACGGUCCUGGGGCUCCAACCACCUGCCUGAAAACUCUCAGGACAUAGAAAACUCUGAAGGACGUGUCCCGUAAAUCCCGUUCAACCAAAACACAAGUCUGUCACGUGACAUGUGAGACAGGUCCAAAAACCUCUCUAAAGGAGAGCAAUUACUGAAAAAACUGGCCCCGUUUUGCGGAUGCAGUUACAGUGUUGUUUUGAACGUGAAGGUAAGUAAUCACGGGGUUUAUUUCAAGGCAAAAGGCUGUAAAAUAAUGUGGUUUGACUCUUGGUGUUUUUUCUUUUUUCU